UUGAAUGUGUGGAGUUUGACGUAUUUUUGCCGCAUACAGGUACUUUGGAAAAUUGAGAAAUUUAGUUUAAAUUAGUAAAAAAGAGUAACGAUGUCUGCAAGUUCGGUUGAUUUAAGUUCAUAUCGUGAUCAGCAUUUUAAGGGAUCUCGUAUGGAGCAAGAACGUUCACUUCGAGAAUCUACAACCUUAUAUAUUGGAAAUUUAUCAUUUUUUACAACCGAAGAACAAAUUCAUGAAUUAUUUUCACGCUGUGGAGAAGUUAGACGUAUCGUUAUGGGCUUAGAUAAAUAUAAAAAAACUCCUUGUGGUUUUUGUUUUGUGGAGUACUACCUGCGUUCGGAAGCUGAAAACGCUAUGCGAUAUAUAAAUAGUACCCGUCUGGAUGAUAGACUCAUUAGAGUUGAUUGGGAUGCUGGCUUUAUUGAAGGUCGUCAAUAUGGUAGAGGUAAGACUGGCGGUCAAGUACGUGACGAAUAUCGUACAGACUAUGAUGCUGGUCGUGGGGGUUAUGGAAAGUUGCUAUCCCAGAAAAUUACCCCGAACACAGAUAAUCGUUAGACACUGAAAAUGUAUUCUAUAGUACGUAAGGUUGUCUAAGACUUAAUUAUAUUUAAUAAACAAAAUCUUUUCUAUAAACAUUAUUACUAAGUCACUGAAAACACAAAUGCAAAACUCGCAUAUAAACUAUUAGCUAAAAUUUAAAAAUUCAAAAUAAGUAUAUUUUCAAUAUCAAUUGUUUAUUAUAGCUUAACAUAUAUGUAUUAAUAAUGUACAUAAC